GGUCCCAAUUCAAUGCGCUGAGAGAAUUCGAAGAAGAUGACAGAAGUCGAUAUCACGUGAUAGAAAAAUAAAAUAGAAGUAAUAGAAAACUCAUUUCAUUAGAUAGAUAUUUAAUUAAAGUGUUGUUAUUAAGUGCAAUUAUAUAAUUUAAUUACUGAUUUUAGUCACAUCGGAUAUUAUAGUUCAAUUAUGGAUCAUCAAAGACGCUUCCUUUUAUAUUUGUCAAUAUUAAUCGCAGUAUGGCUGAGAAUACCACUAACAUAUGCACAAAAUAUGAGUUCCGAGGUCGGCUUGCCACCUCAUUCGCCGCUAACACGAACGAACGUAACGACAUACGCCUGGAGCGCAUGGGGCGCGUGGAGCUCCUGCUCGCGGACCUGCGGCGGCGGAGUCGCCGUGCAGGAGAGGCACUGUCUUCCAAGGGAUCCUACUAGAUGGCGACGCAGUAGAAAGAGAAGGAAGCUGGUUAGGAGCGCGGAAAGAAUACGUCGAACACGUAACGCGAGCGCUGCCAGCGUUCCUGACUGUCCGGGGCUUGCGCGUCGCUACCACGAAUGCAACACAACACCUUGUCCUGGUCCAGUCCGUGAUCCCCGGACUGAACAGUGCGCGGUUUACGAUCGCAGACCAUUCCGUGGGAGAUUUUACACCUGGGUACCCUAUGUGGACGGUAAUGCGCCGUGUAUACUCAACUGCCGUCCGCGCGGGCAACAAUUCUACGCUUCGUUAGCUUUGGUCGCCGACGGCACUCCUUGCACGAAACCAGGAUAUCGCGCUAUUUGUGUACAAGGUUCUUGUAAGGUGGUAGGCCGCGAGGGUGUGCUGGCAACGACGGCUAACCGCGACAUGCAAUGCGGUCGACGCCUCGUGUCCGGACUUUUCUCUCGGCCUCGCCUGCCCCUGGGCUACUCUUAUGUGACGACCAUACCGCGUGGCGCCUGCAGACUCAACGUCUCAGAAAUCGUCACCAGCGAGAAUUACAUCGCACUAAGAGUAUCCAAUGGCUCGUAUAUCAUGAAUGGCGAAUUUGCUGUCAGCGCUCCAGGCACUUAUGAGGCAGCUGGCGCACGAUUUAUUUACUCUAGAUCUUCUGGUCUGGACAAAAUAUUUGCGAUGGGACCUAUUCACCACCCUGUUGAUAUUAUGGUCCUAUAUACUCAACCCAAUCCGAACAUAAAAUACGAAUACCUUACGGAUUCAUUGCCAGAUGAAACUAGUAACGAUAUUCCAACUUCGAACAGUGAACCUGAGCAAACUCAUCAUCAAAUUCAAAGACACCAUAGACACCACAAUGCCGAAUCUCACACGAGAGCCUUAGAAAAAUCAGGCCCAUCCCUGUCGAAGCAACCAGAAUUUAGCUCUGUUGAAAAUCAGUAUCAAUUAGACACUAACGUUAUUGGUGACAGGAAGUUUGUAUGGAAAAUUGUAUCAUACACGCAAUGUUCGAGAACUUGCGGAGGUGGUCUUCAAAUUGGAAAGUUUAAAUGUGUUGAGCUUGAUGGUAAAGAAGAUCGUGAAGUGUCCCCAGCUCAUUGCACCGGAACGCCACCUGCAUCUAGACGUAGACGGUGUGGAGUGGCUCCUUGUCCCCCUAGAUGGAGAGCUGCUGCGUGGGGACCAUGUCCAGUGUGUGGUCCGGCUCAUCGUACUAGAAUAGUUGGAUGUGUCCAAGACCAUGCUCGAGGUAUUACUAAGAUAAGUGACCAAAAAUGUCCGCUACCUAUGCCGCCAAGUGAAGAAGCUUGUGAAAUUCCUAACUGUGAUGGAAAACCUGCCUCAGAAGUCUCGCCACGACUUGAUGCAAGACGACAAGUUCGUCCAAAUGAUCGAGUUGACACAUUCCGUGAAGGUCCUGUAAUAUCCCUUGCUUCUAACGUAUCGGAUAAUGAAAUUAACCUCACACAUGAACCCAAGUACAGCUUCACUGCUGCUGGAGGUUGGCUCUAUACGGAAUGGUCUGAGUGCGUAGGCUGGUGUUUAGGAGGUGGAGUACAGUCUCGUGCAGUUCGCUGCGCAGAACCUGACGGCUGUGCAGCUCACCGAGCUCCUCAUAUUUCUCAAACAUGCUCCUUAAGGAAACAGUGUGAUGCGCAAUGGUUUACUGGUGACUGGUCAGCAUGCUCAGCGGCUUGUGGUGGACGACAGGUUAGAGGAGUGAUUUGCAUCGGUGGAAACGGCAGACGGCUGCGUGAUAACUUGUGUAAAACGACCAAACCUGAAUCAGAACGAGCGUGUGGAGGAAAUUGUGCUCCUUCUUGGUAUCUCAGUGAUUGGGGAGAGUGCACCGGUCCAUGUGAAGCUGGUAUCCAAACGCGCACGGUGUGGUGCGCGCGCGGCGGCGAGGAGGGCGCGGGCGGGGCGGCCCGGGACGCGGACUGCGCGAGCGUGCGCCCGCCCGCGCGCCGCUCGUGCGUGCCCGCGCGCUGCACCACGCGACCGGUCGUCAAGCCUGCCAUUAGCGUUGUGGCUACAGAUCCGCAACAACGUGUAACGCGACACCAAAGCCAAAACACACAGAACGUCAGAGAACGUUCAUUUAGCAAAGGGGCAUGCGCGGACAAGCUCAGCAACUGCGCGCUAGCGGUGCAGGCGCGUCUCUGCCACUACCACUAUUAUGGCGAUAACUGCUGCCAUUCUUGCCACGGUCGGUAAACGGCAAUCAACCACGGUAAUGUUAGAAGCAAAGGAGUUACGACUCAUAGUAUUGUGAUACAAAUGAACUUAAAGUGAACAUACCGACAUGCAUACAAAUAAUAACGUAUGUAUGUGUAAAGUUGUUCACUUUCAGUAAUUAAAUAAAAAUGUAAUUAACUACAUUUAAAAUAGCUUUUUAACUCAAAACUUAUUAAUUAUAAGAAGUUUCACUAUACAUAAGGCUAAUGAACUUUUCCUCUUAUCAAUUUAAAAGUAAAAAAUAAUAUAUUACAAUAUAUAUAAAUCUAUUUUUAUCAAUAAUAAUAAAUAGAAGUUCAUUUGUCAAGUAACGUUUGUAUUUCUAUAAGUUAGGAAUUAAUUUUAUGAUCUCCAGAAUAUAGACGUAAUAUGGUGUUUGCCUCUCGUGACACGAAUCUUUAGUAAUAAUCUGGUGAUAGGGCUUUGAGUAAGCCCAUCCGGGUAGGUAUCACCCACACCUAUAUUCUACCGGAAAACAGCAAUACUUAGUAUUGUUCUGUUUGGGUUAGUAGGGGGAGCCACUUUGCGCAAACGACAUAACAUUUUAGUGGUCAAGGUUGGUGGCUAUAAUAUAAAGGAUAGUUUCUUACAGUACCGAUGUCUGAGAGCGGUGUUGAGACCUUACUUCUUACUACUAUACCUACCGGUUUCCAUUAAUUAAUUAAAUAAAAAUAAUAAACAACUUAUGUCACUAAAGGUAAAUACCAUUGAAAGAGAAUGUAAUACAUGAAAAUAUAUCAUAUUUAUAUAACAUUAAAGCAUAUUAUUCCUUAUUCACAAUUGUAUAAGCUUGCCUCUGUCAUUUUUCUGAGUUCUGAAAUAUAUUAAUUAUGAGAUUUCUACAAAUGUAUUAUAAAAUAUAUUUAGUUAACCAUUCAAACUAUAUCAUAGAUUAGUCAUUAAAUUUAAUAUACGAUUUAGUUUAGGGUUUUAUAGUAUUCAUUAUAAAUUAAAAGAUAAUGUUUCUAAAUGUAAUUAAGGAACAAUAACAUUGUGUUCAUUAUUUAUUGAUUCUGAAUGUGUGAACAAAGAAAUGGACGCUUAAGGCGGCGCCACACACGAUUAAUUGUAUCGUUAAGUGACAAUCAAAUGUCGCCAAGGUUAAAAUAGCAGAAAUGAAUGCAUACUAUACAUAAACAGAUGUUAUAAUCAGUUUUAUAUACCGAUCGAUCAUAUUCUUAAUUUAAAAUAUACAAUUAAAAAAAAAACAAUUCUCAACCUAUUGUCUACGUGUGGAGCUGUUCUUAUAGCAAAUUUCAUGUAAAUAUUUACAUUAUUUUGUAUAGCGCAUUUAUUUACCGGCUGUAAGUAUUUAUGUUAUAGGUAACAAACACAAUAAUUUAUACCGUACCAUCACAACUAUGUUUAUUUUUAAAUUGGUUUUGCUAAUGUAACGGCAUUUCUGUCUGUACUAAUAACACGUAUAACAACGUACAAAAAUAUUAAGCUUUAAACACCGAA